CUGGGUUUCCCGCAUUACAGGCAGAUUCUUUACCGUCUGAGCCUCCAGGGAAGUCCAAAAUCAGUGGAGUAUUGUAAUUUGGCAGCAUUUGUUUUUACACGUAAAUAAUACAAUCAGAAUUGUACAAAUAACUAAAAUUCCAGUGACUAAUUGCUGAAGGGGAAGGUACAUGGUGUAUGAGUGUGUAAAAGAGGGGUCUGAGGAGUCCACUGGGUUGGAGAAAGCUUUUCCUGAAGAAAUGAUGAUGACCAAAUAUAAAGGUUAUGGAGGUGGGGUGUGUGGGGUUGGAGGGAGGAUUGCCCUAGGCAGAGGUGGAUGUCUUAGUUGGGAGGACUGCAAGAAGGAGCUCAGCAUGGGUGAAGAAGGCAAGGCAGUUGGGGAGCAAACCUGCCACAGCCUCCCAGGCCCUGGACAUGGGUUUUGGUACAGUGGGAAGCCAUUAAAGAGUUUUAAGCAGAAGAGUAAUGUAGCCUGCGGUUGGAGUGGAUGUGGGGAGACCAGUCAGGAGGCCACUGAAGUAGGUCAGAUUUUUUUUUUUUUUUUUUUAAAGUUGUAGGGUUGGAGGAGGAAACAGAUGGAUUCAGGAAAUCUUUAGGAGGUAAAAUUAACUGGACUCAUUGAUGUAUUCACCAGAAAGAGGGAGGUGUGGUGAGUGGCUCACAAAUUUCUAUCUUGGACAACUGUGUGGAUGGUGGCUUAGUCUCUGAGAUGGGUGAUUGCAGAACCUGGUAGGACCCAGAGAUGGUUGUGUAGCCUCUGGGAGGUUAGGACCCUGAGGCAGGUUGGGUGAGAAAGUAUGGCGUAGAGCACUGGAUUUCAUCCUAAGUUGGUUUCUGACUUCUCGUGCAAAAGGAGGUUUCAGGGGGCGGAGCAGGUCUGAAUACAGGGCUUAGAGUAGCUGAACCCCAAGGAAAGGUAAUUCAAGUUGGAGUAGCUUGACUUACACCCUCUCUCAGGACAAGAUAAGUAGAGGGAAGGAAAGACAGCUGUUGCUUAAGUAGAGAGUAGAAGCAUUGUUAAAUACCGAGUUUUCCCACCAUAGGGAUAAUUGGGAAAGUUGGGAAAUUGGGCGGCAGUGAGCCAGUUCCCACCUUUACCUGGAAGUCCCCCUCACCACCACACUCCCAGCACCUUCCAAGCAAGGAGGAGGAAGGAUAGAGCCUUUUAGCUGCAUUUCAGUGCCCCAGUUUACUUAAAACCUGUUUUUGAAUGGGUGAAUAUAGUCAUAUGCAAAGUUAAAGAGGGCACACAGAGUUCUUUCUACCUGUGUCCUCAUUCUCAUUUCUUGUGUUAUCUUUUGUUUCUGAUUUUUAUGCAAGUAAUAAAACUUUGCUGCACUCUUCUUUUUUUCCCACUUGUUUAUGUAUCUUCCAAGUUAUUAUCAAGACAGCCUCUUCAUUCUUUUUAUGACUGCAUAGUAGUUCAUCUUAUGUUUGUGUAAAAUUUUAUAGUUCCUUAGGGAUAUUUAGGUUGAUUACAGUCUUCUGGUUUUAUAAAUAAUGCUGCUCUGAAAAUCUUGAACACACAUGUAGGGCUAUAUCUAUAGGAUGAAUUUUUAGAGCCAUAAGAUUCUAUAUAAAUAGGAUUUGUUCCUUCAUCUGUUUAUUCAUUCACUUUAUAUUUGUUGAGUACCUAUUAUGUGCCAGACGCUGUGGCAGGUACCAGGAAUUCAGCUUUCAACAACUCAGAUAUGAUCUCUGCCCCCAUGGAAUAUGUGUAAUAUGUGUAAGGGGAAGCACAUAUCCAAUCUAACAUAAUAAUUACAAAAUUGUAUAGUGAGGAAACUAAAAAGAGGAUCAGAACAAAUUGGACGUGCUUUAAAUAGAGUCAGGAAGGCUUCUUAGAGCAAGUGAUAUUUAAGCUGAGAACUAAAGGAUGAGAUGUGGCUAGCCAUUGGGUGUAGGACAGGGAGACCUAGGCUGUUCAAAGCCUCCUCUACUGGGAUGAAUCUGUAGGAGAGGCACAGGCUGCUAUCUCGGUGGGGGCUGGGAUGCAGAGCUAAACAGAAGGAGGGAAUGGGAAUGGAGGUGUCAAGGAGAGUGAGUGACUAAAGAUGAGGCCAGUUAGGGGAGGGGGCUGGUAGUAGUACUUAGGAAGGACUAAUGAUUGUGUUUAGAGGGCUUUGGGUUGAGUCUCUGUACUGGGUGAAUUCAGGAAGUCGAACAGGAAAAGAGGCCACUUCCUCCCUGAAUGGGAAUGAGAGACCUCUGACUGAUUUGAGGGAAGUACAACCUUGCCCACAGGCGGGAGUGUGGAGGAAAAGCCUUGGAAAGAGUUGAUCUGUGCCUGUAGUAGAACCUCCUCCAUCUUUUCUUGGCUUGGGCAAAAUGGAAACUUCCAAACUACAGAUGACUGAUGGGGCUCAGCCAGCUGACUCUGGACUGGCAAAAGAAAGAACAGUCGGUUCCCGAGUCUGGUCCCCGGCCCCCAGCAGCGCCUGCCCCCUUCCCACCGGGGCCCCCCAUGAUGCCACCACCCUUCAUGCCUCCUCCAGGAAUCCCCCCACCUUUUCCUCCAAUGGGGCUUCCUCCCAUGAGUCAGAGACCACCGGCCAUCCCCCCCAUGCCACCUGGCAUCAUGCCCCCAAUGCUCCCACCAAUGGGGGCACCACCACCGCUCACACAGAUACCAGGAAUGGUACCUCCCAUGAUGCCAGGAAUGCUGAUGCCAGCAGUGCCCGUCACCACAGCGACGGCUCCGGGUGCGGACACCGCCAGCUCUGCUGUGGCUGGGACAGGCCCUCCGAGGGCACUGUGGAGUGAGCAUGUGGCCCCUGAUGGGCGCAUCUACUACUACAAUGCUGACGACAAGCAGUCCGUGUGGGAGAAGCCCAGCGUGCUCAAGUCCAAGGCAGAGCUCCUGCUGUCCCAGUGUCCCUGGAAAGAGUACAAGUCGGACACAGGCAAACCUUACUACUACAACAAUCAGAGUAAGGAGUCCCGCUGGACCCGGCCCAAGGACCUGGAUGACUUGGAGGCUCUAGUCAAACAAGAGGCUGCAGGGAAACAGCAGCAGCCACAGACACUACAGCCACAGCCUCCUCAGCCUCAGCCCGAUCCCCCACCUGUGCCGCCUGGCCCCACCUUGCUGCCCACAGGCCUCCUAGAACCUGAGCCAGGUGGGAGUGAAGAUUGCACUGUGUCAGAGGCUGCCCAGCCCCUGGAGCAGGGGUUCCUGCAGCAGCCAGAGGAGGGCCCCAGCAGUUCUGCUGGACAGCAUCAGCCACCACAGCAAGAGGAAGAAGAAUCAAAACCGGAGCCGGAGAGGUCUGGUCUCAGUUGGAGUAACCGGGAGAAGGCAAAGCAGGCCUUCAAGGAGCUGCUGAGGGACAAGGCUGUCCCCUCCAAUGCUUCGUGGGAACAGGCCAUGAAGAUGGUGGUCACUGACCCCCGUUACAGUGCCUUGCCCAAACUGAGUGAGAAAAAGCAGGCAUUCAAUGCCUACAAAGCACAGCGGGAGAAGGAGGAGAAGGAAGAGGCCCGGCUAAGAGCCAAGGAGGCCAAGCAGACCUUGCAGCAUUUCCUGGAGCAGCAUGAACGCAUGACCUCCACCACCCGCUACCGGCGGGCAGAACAGACGUUUGGGGAGCUGGAGGUCUGGGCUGUGGUCCCUGAGAGGGAUCGAAAAGAGGUUUAUGAUGAUGUCCUCUUCUUCCUGGCCAAGAAGGAGAAGGAACAGGCUAAGCAGCUGCGGCGCCGCAACAUCCAGGCCCUGAAGAGCAUCCUAGAUGGGAUGAGUAGUGUCAACUUCCAAACCACCUGGUCCCAGGCCCAGCAGUACCUCAUGGAUAAUCCCAGCUUUGCUCAGGACCAUCAGCUGCAGAACAUGGACAAGGAAGAUGCGCUGAUCUGCUUUGAGGAGCACAUCCGAGCUUUGGAGAGGGAGGAGGAGGAGGAGCGAGAGCGAGCCCGACUUCGGGAGCGGCGCCAGCAGCGCAAGAACCGGGAGGCCUUCCAGACCUUCCUGGACGAGCUGCACGAGACAGGGCAGCUGCACUCCAUGUCCACCUGGAUGGAGCUGUACCCAGCGGUCAGCACUGACAUCCGCUUUGCCAACAUGCUGGGCCAGCCGGGCUCCACCCCUCUGGACUUGUUCAAGUUCUAUGUGGAGGAGUUGAAGGCACGAUUCCAUGAUGAGAAGAAGAUCAUAAAGGACAUCCUUAAGGACCGGGGCUUCUGCGUGGAGGUGAACACAGCCUUCGAGGACUUCGCCCACGUCAUAAGCUUUGACAAGAGGGCUGCUGCGCUGGAUGCAGGCAACAUCAAGCUGACUUUCAAUAGUCUGCUGGAAAAAGCAGAGGCACGCGAGAGAGAGCGGGAGAAGGAGGAGGCCCGGCGGCUGCGGCGCAGGGAAGCUGCCUUCCGAAGCAUGCUGAGGCAGGCUGUGCCUGCUCUGGAGCUGGGCACGGCCUGGGAAGAGGUCCGUGAGCGCUUUGUGUGCGACUCAGCCUUUGAGCAGAUCACCCUGGAGUCGGAGCGGAUCCGGCUCUUUCGGGAGUUCCUGCAGGUACUGGAGACGGAAUGCCAGCACCUCCACAGCAAAGGCCGGAAGCACGGCAGAAAGGGCAAGAAGCACCAUCGCAAGCGCUCCCACUCACCUUCAGUGAGUUGGCGGGGCUCUGAGUCAGGAGACGAGGAGCUGCCCCCACCCUCUCUCCGGCCCCCCAAGCGGAGGCGACGGAACCCCUCGGAGUCGGGCUCUGAGCCCUCUUCCUCACUUGAUUCUGUUGAAAGUGGGGGUGCUGCCCUUGGAGGACGGGGUUCCCCCUCCUCUCGCCUUCUCCUCGGAUCAGAUCAUGGUCUUCGGAAAGCCAAGAAACCAAAAAAGAAAACUAAGAAGAGAAGACACAAGUCGAACAGUCCUGAGAGUGAGACAGACCCUGAGGAGAAAGCUGCCAAGGAGAGUGAUGAGAAAGAACCAGAACAGGACAAGGACAGGGACCUCCGGCGGGCAGAGCUCCCUAACCGCUCCCCAGCCUUUGGGAUCAAGAAGGAGAAGACGGGCUGGGACACGUCGGAAAGCGAGCUGAGCGAGGGGGAGCUGGAAAGACGGCGGCGGACGCUCUUGCAGCAGCUGGACGACCACCAGUGACCUGACACGCCACCGUGCCUCGGGUUUGCGUGAGGCUGUGGCUGAGUUCACCUUCGCUAUCUGCCCCAGAACUUCUUCCUUAGUUGGGUCUGUGUCCACUUUUUCUCAAGUAUCCCCAAUCCCAACCCACCAUUUCUGGCAUCUCCCAAGGUGCUUGUGGUGUUCAAGGGUCCCCUCAACUUCCCGGACAACUAGUGCUUGCCCUCAGUCUCAGACCAGCGAUUGGUGGUGAAUGCCAUGUGGGUGGGUGGUACCAAUAGAUAAAAUGUGAGAAGGGGCCCCCAGAACAAGUGGCAGGCUGGUGGAGACAGCCUGGGUGGCAGGGGCGGGGUCCUUAGCUUCUAGCAUCAGGGCCUGCUCCUCCCUGCCCAGGCCCUGGGGCUCCACCACUCCUUUCUCCAGCCCUGGGGCGCAGUGUAUGUGUGUUUUGUUUUGGUUUUGUUUUUUAAAUGACAAUAUUUAUAACAUG